UGACAGACGGGUUACACCCAGCCGCAGCCGCACUAGAGCCCCGGCUUUCUUUGCCACCCCAGCCUCGACGUGCCCAUCGUCCAAGUGUGGGUGACAUCCGCGGCUCUCCAUUCGUCCGCGGGGCGUAUUCAAACAAAUAUCCGACAAUAUCCUCGCCAUUUUUGUUGUUGUUUUGUUCGCUUUUCCCCUCAACAUGUCUUGGCAAAGCUACGUGGACAACCUGAUGGCCGAUGGCAGCUGUCAGGACAGCGCCAUUGUUGGCUAUGCGGACGCCAAAUACGUUUGGGCAGCACAUGCCGGUGGUACUUUCAACAAUAUCACGUCCCAGGAAAUUGAUAUGCUCAUCGGGAAAGAUAGAGAGACCUUUUACACCUAUGGUCUCACUUUGGGCUCAAAGAAGUGUUCAGUCCUCAGAGACAGCCUCCAGGAUGACGGUGACUGGACAAUGGACAUCAGGACGAAGAGCCAAGGAGGAGAGCCUACAUACAAUAUCUCUGUGGGACGAGCCGGGAAAGUUUUGGUUCUUGUAAUGGGCAAAGAAGGGGUCCACGGAGGCGGCUUGAAUAAGAAGGCUUACUCAAUGGCAAAAUACUUGAGGGAUUCGGGCUUUUAAUGUUUCCAGGCUCAUUUAGGUAAAAAUUGAGGGACAAAAAGAAGAGAAAAAGAAAUAUUUGCUGUUAAGAUUUCCCCUGCAAGCGGUCAAAUGUCAUGGAAACCUUUUUUUAAUAGCAUUGACGAGUGGUAAGAUCCUGACAACUGGUCCUCGCCCUCCAUCUUAUCGGGGCGGGGACUCUUCAGUUUUGUUCAUUUUCUCUCUUAUUUUUUUUUUCCUUAUGUGCCGCAGCAUUGGUUAUAGUCAUGGGAAAGGAGGCGGUCCAUGGUGGAAAUCUUAACAAGAAAGCACAUAAUAUGGCGGAGUUCCUGAGGAGGGCUGGGUAUUAAGCAACCUCACCAUCCAUCAACUUAACCGCUCACUCCAACUCACAUUGUGUUGACACUACUUCCAGGAUUUAAAGGACAAACAACAUUUCUUCCUACCCCGCUCCGUUUUAUACACAGCCCACGACCUCCUUCCUCCACACCAAUGUUGUACUUGACUUUAUUUUGACACUACAGUAAUGGCAUGUUCAAUAAAAUUGUUUAAAUGUUCAUCCACCAAAGGAGCGUCCAAAAGAAAGAGGGAAAAAAAAGACCACUAAGUGAAAUAAAGAUUUGAAUCUGCCUUGUAUAAAAUCUGCUUUGCUAAUAUGUCAUUUUAAAAGGCUCGGCCCCAUUUAUCAGCAUGUCUGCGUUGAAAAGUUGCAUGCAUCUCUGCUUCAUCGUAGUCCUCCCAGCCUCCAACUAAAAUAAACAAGCUGACAAGGUCCUGCAUUUGUG